AUGUUCCGAGCCGAGAUUAUGACGUCGGGCCUUGCACGUGCCUUGGCUUCCCGUCUCUCCUGGGCUGCUGGAGACUACUGUAUACACAGCAUACAUUUCCAUGUUAGCACAUAUUGCAUGAAGAACAUGAGGGCGGUCGGUUUACUCGGCCGUUUAUGCCUCAAGCGCGUCCCGCGCCGACAUAUCCCAUGGCCUCGGCACCACAGCCCGCGCAGGGCUCCCAUCAUAGGCGGGGUGUUCAUGGCCACCCUGGGACCGGCGGCAUUCCUCAAACUCGCUGAAGAGAAUGACGGAAAGGACAAGACGGCGGAAAUGCAGAUGCUGGAAGCUUCACGGGAAGAGGUCCGUAAAACCGUUUCACCCGACGCGCAUGGCCUUUCGAAGCUCUGCCAGACGCUGUGGGUCUACUUCUACCACUAUGUGUACGAUCCGAUUGCAACCGGUUUGAGAUUUGCUCAUCUGGCGGUCAUCUUCGUCCCUGUCGUCGUCACAGUCCCGGCCAUUUGGAUCGGCCGAAAACUGCAAGAUCAUGGCGGUGCCCGGUCUGGCACGCUGUGGUGGUAUCGGUUCUUGGUCAAAGCGAUGGAGCGGGCCGGUCCUGCGUUCAUAAAGCUCGGGCAAUGGGCCGCAUCGCGUACAGAUAUCUUCCCUCCCGAAAUGUGCAGCAUAAUGUCAUCCCUACACUCGAACGCCCCCGCCCAUUCCCUCCACCAGACGAAACGCAUCAUCCGCAAGGCUUUCAAUGGAUUGCCGUUCGAGGACAUCUUCGAGGAAUUCCAGGAGGAACCCCUUGGCGUGGGGGCGAUAGCCCAGGUCUACAAAGCGAAGCUAAAGCCGAGCCUGGCCGCAUCCAGGGACCAGGAACUAGACGUGGAGCCACCGACACUUGGGGAGAAGGUCCGGAAAAAUGUCGACGUACUGGUCAAGAGCUCUCCGCAGCGAGUCCCGUCCUCAUAUGUUGCGAUCAAGGUUCAGCAUCCUAGAGUGGAGCAGAUGAUCCAUAGAGACCUACGCAUCAUGUCAUUCUUUGCCCAUAUGAUCGAUAUCAUACCUACGAUGCACUGGCUGUCCUUCCCAGAUGAGGUGCAGCAGUUCGGGGAAAUGAUGAAGCUACAACUGGACCUCCGGAUCGAAGCAACCAACUUGGUAAUGUUCAGACAGAAGUUCAAGUCGCGCACAGCGGCCUGGUUCCCCUACCCUUAUUUAGAAUACACCACCCGUCAGGUGUUGGUCGAAGAAUUCGCCCAGGGCAUCCCGUUGGCCACCUUUUUAGAUAUCGGAGGCGGCGUUUAUCAGCACGAGAUCGCUAAUGAAGGCCUCGACGCAUUUUUGCAUAUGUUACUCAUUGACAACUUUGUCCACGCUGAUCUUCAUCCGGGCAAUAUCAUGGUCCGCUUCUACCAACCAAACGAACUGGAUCUCUCCCUUCGCAAGCAUUCACGUGCCUUUGAUGCUCCGACGAGAGCUGAGGUUGACGUUACAGAGGCCGUUCUCAAGCGACUGCGUCCACAUCUGAAGAGCCCCAAAGACUGGGAGACGGCUCUUGCUGAACUUAAUGACGAGGGAUACAGGCCACAGCUGAUCUUCAUCGACACUGGCCUGGUGACUCAGCUCAACGAGACUAACCGCCGGAAUUUCCUGGAUCUCUUCCGGUCGAUCGCCGAAUUUGACGGUUACAGGGCCGGCCAUCUCAUGGUCGAGAGGUGUCGCACCCCGGAGGAGGUCCUUGACCCAGAGAUUUUUGCACUGAAGAUGCAGCAUCUGGUUCUAAGCAUCAAAUCCCGAACAUUUGCUCUUGGCAGUGUCAAGAUUGGAGAUAUUCUCAGCGAAGUAUUGACAAUGGUCCGCGGUCAUCACGUCCGAUUCGAGGGGGACUUCGUCAAUGUCGUCAUUUCUUGUCUUUUGCUCGAGGGCAUCGGACGGAGUCUGGACCCAGACCUUGACUUAUUCAAGAGUGCCCUCCCCAUCCUACGACAACUUGGAUCCGGAAGUACAUUUAUGGACUCCGUGCAGUCGGGCGACUAUUCGAUGCUCUGGGUCUGGGUUGGCUUGGAAGCUCGUGGAUUGCUGCAGGCCAGCAUCGAGAGUGUCGAACAGUGCGUCAAGUAUGACCAACUGUCGCCUAAUAUCUAA